CGUCACCACGCCGCCCCGCCGCGUCGCACUCUGCUGCCCGCUGAUUAUGAGGAAGCGCCUGAAAGCGCACCGCCACAAUGCACAUCGUCAAGCCCGUCUGGUUGACGCAUCCUGGUGAACUCAAGGACUUUGAAGUCUACAGCUGUCACGUCUCGCCCGACGGCAGCCGACUCGUUACCGCCGCAGGAGAUGGCCAUGUGCGAAUCUGGUCCACCGAGGCCAUCCUCAACUCUGAUAACCGCGACUACUCAAAGCCCAAGCAGCUCGCCGCUGUAAGCAACCACUCGGGCACCAUCCACGCCGUCCGCUUCUCGCCCAACGGCAAAUACCUAGCCUCCGGCGCAGACGACAGAGUCGUGUGCAUCUACGUGCUGGACCCGAAUCCACCUUCGCAUGGCUCGGCAUUUGGCACAAAUGAACCGCCGCCGGUGGAGAACUGGCGCGUUCUGCGGCGCCUGAUCGGGCACGACAACGACGUCCAAGACCUGGCCUGGUCCUAUGAUUCUUCCAUACUGGUAUCGGUCGGCUUGGACUCGAAGGUGGUGAUAUGGUCGGGGCACACUUUCGAGAAGCUCAAGACGGUAAAUAGCCACCAGAGUCAUGUAAAAGGCAUCACAUUCGAUCCGGCGAACAAGUACUUUGCGACAGCAAGCGACGACCGCACCAUAAAGAUCUUCAGAUUCACCCCGCCCCCGGCAAAUGCCACGGCCCAGGACCAGGUCAACAACUUCACUCUCGAAACAACCAUCAUCGCUCCAUUCCAGCUUUCCCCGCUGACGACUUACUUCCGCCGCUGCUCCUGGUCGCCGGACGGAAACCACAUCGCCGCGGCCAAUGCGACAAACGGACCUGUUAGCUCCGUUGCCAUCGUGGCUCGAGGAAAUUGGGACAGCGAUAUUAACUUGAUCGGCCAUGAAGGGCCCGUGGAAGUUUGCGCAUUCUCUCCAAGGAUGUUCUACCGAGAACCGCUUACAGAGGCCAACUCCGAUGCAAAUGGCAACACGAACCUUCCAUCAGUUACUGUCAUUGCCUGCGCCGGCCAAGAUAAGACCCUAAGCAUCUGGAACACAAGCUUUGCCCGUCCAUUUGUGAUCACGCAAGAGCUUUGCGGGAAAUCCAUAUCUGACCUGGCAUGGUCGCCUGACGGAGAGAAGCUCUUUUUGACCAGUCUCGACGGGACAAUCAUGGUCGCUAUGUUCGAGCCGGGUGAGUUGGGGUACGUGGCACCGGUGCAAGAGAGCGAAAGGGCAUUGCAAAAGUUUGGUGCAGGACGGAGAUUGGGCAUGGUCGAAGGCACGGAUGCGCUCUUGCUCGAAGAAGGAAGCAAAGCAGGGGAGCUGAAAAACGUGCAAGGCCGUAUGGGUGACUUGAUGGGAGACGGUGGCCCAGCCGUGGCAACGAACGGCCUGCCAGCGGCUGGGCAAACUAAUGGCGUAGCCCCUAAUUCUUCAACCACACAAACGGCCACUACAAAUGGAGCUACCGCCGCAGCCCAAGUAUCACAACAACCGGCAUCGGAUCCUAGGGUAGACAAGCUGAAGCAAAGAGUGACUGUCACGAAAGACGGCAAAAAGAGGAUCGCUCCUCUGCUCGUUUCCUCUUCGUCUGGUUUGGCGGAAUCCUCCUUACCACAGACACAGCUCGUUUCAGCAGCAGCGAAGACUUCUCGAAGCGACACGGCGCACAGCGUUCUGGAUCUUUCGAAACCAUACGACGGAUUCCCAAAGGGCGGCCUGGCCGGACUGUUGCUCGGGAACAAGCGCAAGUUUGCUGAGACUGAAGGAGACGAGCGCAGACUCGAAAAGAGGCUUGCGGGGGCGACGCGCAAUGGGGCAGCCCCGAUCCUUGCCAACGGGCCUGAGGGGUUGACGCCUCCGACGACAGGGCCUAAGCCAUCCGAAACCGAGAUCCCCGAGCCGCUUCGCCCCGCGAUACCUAAUCCUAGCCUGGCAAUAAGCCAGCUGCGCUUGGCUAUCCCGCUGGUGAGGAGCGUCAUAAUGCGGACCAUUGAUGGCAGCGAACCGCCACAAGCGGGAUCGGACAGUGCGAAUAGCAGCUCGGAAACGGUUCUGCUCGAGGCCCGCAACGCGAGCAACGCCUCGCGGACAGGUCGGCCGCAAGACCGCGACCCGACGCGGAUAACAUGCACACGGGGAAACCAGAACCUGUGGCAAGACUUCUUGCCCAAAGCGGUGCUGCUGCUGACCGGCAACGCGAACUUCUGGGCCGCAGCGUGCGAGGACGGAUCGCUGUAUAUUUGGACGCCAGCGGGGCGGCGCCUCGUCAACGCCAUUGUUGUCGAGGCUAACCCCGUCAUCAUCGACUGCCGUGGCUGGCACCUCCUCUGCAUCACGGCCGUCGGGACCGUGUACAUCUGGAACGUCAAGACGCUGGCAGCACCGCACCCUCCUGUCUCUCUCGCGCCAAUCCUCGACGUCGCUGUCCACUCGCAGGGCCCGCACCUCACGCCCUGCCCCGGCAUCAUCUUCGCACGGCUCAACAGCGCGGGCCGCGUCAUCGUCGCCAUGUCGAACGGCGACGGCUACACAUACAACUCAGCCAUGUUCUGCUGGCAGCGGCUCUCAGAGCCCUGGUGGGCCGUAGGGUCGCAGUACUGGAACACGGCCGACUCGACCGUGAGCACGCUGUCGAGCAGCAGCAGCAGCGGGGGCGUUGCCAGCGGCGCAGGCACGGGCAAAGACAAAGCCGGGGCCGGGGCCGCCGCCGACGACGACGCGGGCGGCCGCGACCACGUCAGCCCCGAAAACCUCUCGGCCGGCAUCAUCCCCAUGCUGGAGCGCAACACGACGGCGCACACGCUGGUGCGCGGCCGCGCCUUCUACCUGCACCGCCUCGUCAAGGCGCUGCUCUCGGCCGAAGGCUUCGAGAACCUCGAGAGCAGCGUCAGCAUCGCGCAUCUGGAGAACCGCGUCGCGGCUGCGCUGACGCUCGGCGCCCGCGACGAGUUCAAGGUCUACCUGCUCAUGUAUGCGAAGCGCCUGGGGGCGGAGGGGCUCAAGGGCAAGAUUGAGGAGCUGUUGCGGACGCUCAUGGGGGAUGUGUUUGAGGAGGGCGACGAGGGCGAGAAGGACGGCGACGCGGACGUCGACGCCGAGGAUGCCGUGCCCUGGAAGUGGGGGCGUGCGAAGCUGUGUGGCUGGGUCAGGGAGGAGCUGUUGAAGGAGGUGGUGGUUGUGUUGGGCAAACACCGCGACCUCCAGCGCAUCACGGUGCCGUACGCGCGCCUGCUGGGCGUGAUUGACGCGAGAGCUGGUGCUGGCGUCGGUGUCGGCGCUGAUGGCGACGACGCUUCGGGCAUGCAGGUCGAGUCGUAGGUGUUGUGGGUUGGGUGGGCUGG